AUGAAUGAUAUCGUGGAAAUUGGCCCCUGGACGCCUCAGAAGAAGCUGUUUGAUACCCUUGAAAAGCGUUCGAACCGCGACCUUGAUAUGAUUAAACGUCUAAUGCAUACAUUAGACUUGUCUUACGAUUUUUUCGACAAUAAAGAAGGCUUAAAACUGCUGUACGACAUUGGCUCUCAUAGGUUUUGCGUAUGGGUUGAAGUGGAUUUUCUGCCUAUCCGGCCCUAUAACGCCGUGAUACGUGCGUCAUCAAUCGAGGAGUGGUUUUUUGGCUCGAGGAUAACCAUCGGCCAGGUCCCGAAAAUCCUGCGAUACUUCAACAAGGAGCCGCCUAAGGUGUGGAACAAUUUCAUGGAGUUUUAUGCCGGAGAAAUUCCUCCUUUUAAUGUCCAACCCCAUCUGUAUACGGAUCCGCUCUUCAUAUUGAAGAUCUAUAUUUGGUUACUUCAUGAAGUAGCAGACUGCCAAGAUCAUUUUUACGAUUUCAGCUUACAGCUCGCUGGAUACGGGAGCCCUCACGGUAUUCUGAGCAUCUUCGUCGCCUUAAUGGAUGGUCACGCUUGUCCCAUUUGCCACGUUCGUGUUCUUGAACGCGUGAAGGAGCUUCUUCCAGAACUGCCCCUGGAACUUGUGGAUGUACUAUUCUCCGCCGUUCCAGCUACCCAUAGAUCUUCCGAAACCACUGACCCAAUAUGGUUGCCACCGCAAUCGAUUGAGAUCGAUGCCUUAAUGCGUUGA